AUGGUUCGAGAGGAGGUAGCAGGAUCCACUCAAACACUACAGUGGAAGUGUGUUGAAUCAAGAGUAGAUAGUAAGCGCCUUUAUUAUGGUCGUUUCAUUCUGUCCCCGCUUAGAAAAGGUCAAGCGGACACCGUCGGUAUUGCCUUGCGAAGAGCUUUACUUGGAGAAAUAGAAGGAACAUGUAUCACACGUGCAAAAUUUGGGAGCGUGCCGCACGAGUAUUCUACAAUAGCAGGUAUUGAAGAAUCCGUACAAGAAAUUUUACUAAAUUUGAAAGAAAUUGUAUUGAGAAGUAAUCUCUAUGGAGUUAGAGACGCAUCCAUUUGCGUCAAAGGUCCUAGAUACAUAACUGCUCAAGAUAUCAUCUUACCGCCUUCCGUAGAAAUCGUUGAUACGGCACAACCUAUAGCUAACUUGACAGAGCCCAUUGAUUUCUGUAUUGAUUUACAGAUCAAGAGAGAUCGUGGAUAUCAGACAGAACUCAGAAAGAACUAUCAAGAUGGAAGUUAUCCUAUAGAUGCUGUAUCCAUGCCUGUUCGAAAUGUGAAUUAUAGUAUUUUUUCUUGUGGGAAUGGAAAUGAAAAACACGAGAUACUUUUUCUAGAAAUAUGGACUAAUGGAAGUUUAACCCCUAAGGAAGCACUUUAUGAGGCUUCUCGUAAUUUGAUUGAUUUAUUUCUUCCUUUUCUACACGCGGAGGAAGAGGGCGCUAGUUUCGAAGAAAAUAAAAACAGGUUUACUCCACCCCUUUUUACUUUUCAAAAAAGAUUAACUAAUCUAAAGAAAAACAAAAAAGGAAUUCCAUUGAAUUCUAUUUUUAUUGAUCAAUUAGAAUUGACUUCUAGAACGUAUAAUUGUCUAAAAAGGGCCAAUAUACAUACACUAUUGGACCUUUUGAGUAAGACUGAAGAAGAUCUUCUGAGAAUUGACAGUUUUCGUAUGGAAGAUAGAAAACAUAUAUGGGACACUCUAGAGAAGCAUCUCCCAAUUGAUUUACUUAAGAAUAAACUCUCGUUUUAA